UUACCGCAUAUGUAUAGAGGCAGGUAUUCGCCAGUUGUUUGCAAAAAAAGCGAGAUGGGCGCUUUUUCUUGAGAUUUGAGUUUAGAGACAGUCGCCGGGUCGUGAUAUUUUAUCAUAAAGUCGCUAAAGCUCGCUAGGUACGACCUGUCUCAUUAUCAAGCGUUUCCUCAGGACCCCUGAUCGGAGCGCAACGUGUGUCCGUCGAGAAAUUUUGUCCGUGUUCAAGAGUUUUGUUUACAAAAUGGAUGAAUUCAAAAUCUGUAAUCUAGAUUACUUCCCCGAGAAUAUCUUAAUCGACAUUUUGUCCUAUCUCGGUGUGCGGGAGCUCGUCCGAGCCGGAAGAGUGUGUAAGAGAUGGAGACGGCUUGUCAAAGACCAGAGACUGUGGAGACUUGUUGAUCUCACUGCGUGGAAAGGGGUGACAUCCCGCAUACUCUGGGUUCUGCUGCGGCAGUACUUGGGCUGCGGGCUACGAUGCCUGCGGCUGCGCGGUUUGCUGCUCUCUGCCCGCGGGGGCAUCUUUCUGUCUGAGUCUUGGCUCAAAGCCUUGUCCACCAAGUGCCCACGUCUGCGCAAACUGUAUCUUCUGCAUGCAGACCUGAGAGGCUUGCCCAGCUGCCAGCUCCUGCCCCCAACCCUGCAGGUGCUAGAGCUGCGUGGCUGUGAGCUCCCUCCCGGCUUUUUCAGCCAGAGCCUCCCUAGUGAGCCCGCUUGUCCCCAAGGAGCCGGGGAGACCACAUCAAAUGUUGGUGCUCCGCAACAAGGACGGAACAAGACAGGGAAAGGGCUUACCUCCCCUUCAGGGAUCGCAAUUGAGAGGUUAGUCCUGAACAACGUGCCCUCUUUCACAGACCAGCACCUGCAGAGUCUGACAUCGUGGCAGAGGCUCAGUCGAUUGGAGCUACGCGACACCUUUCGCGUGACCGCUAACGGGCUCAGGAGCUGCGCCGCCAAGGACACCGGCUCUGGUGUGGAGGGGCUUUCCAGACUCAAGUUUCUGGAAAUAGGCAUCACGGGGCGACAGGGCUACCAGUUACAGAUGGCCUCCCUGGGGCUAGGGGCAGGAUGGCUCGGGCUCGAGGAGCUGAGUCUGGGUGGUAAGGAGGUUGGGCCAGGCUUGUUAUGUGCCAGUCGUCUUAAAGACCUCCAGCGUCUGUGCCUGUGGGCCUGCACACUCAGUGAGAUGCAGAUCCUGCGAAGCUGCAGGAUGCUCCGUGAGCUUCGCCUUCUGGAGUUUUCAGAUGUCUUCUUCCAGCCUCGGCAGUGUCCUCCUGGGGUAGAGGGGGAGGCAGAGGGUGGUGGUGGUGGUGGUGGUGGUGGUGAGGAGGAGCAGCAGCAGCACAGUGGUGAGGCUGUAAGUGGAGACGCUGCCAAUGAAGACGACAAGAAACUGGACGUGAACGACCCCAUUCCGAGUCUGCGUCGCUCACUGGCUGUCCUGCUGCCGCGCUGUGCCCUUGUGUUCACCAACUGCUCUGUGCAGAUAAAUUCAGACUAAGUCAAAACAGCUGCAGAUUAAUUCGUAUCAUACUCUUCUAGGUAAAGCAGUAACAUUUCCUUCUUGGUAGCCGAAACACUAGUGAAGUUGUAUCCUCACUUUCCAAAGUAUUGCUCACACAUUAAAAAACACACCUGACACAUGCAUACAGAACACACUGUUGUGUUUUAAGCCUUCUGCUUGAAACUCAAUUGUGGCACAAAACAAAUGAAAGGAAAUGUUGCUGCUAAACUGAACCCAUAACCAGAUGUGACCUACUACUGCAGAUCACUGGAGCUUAUUGUUGACAGUGUUAUAAGCAGGUGUCUGUUACAAGCAGCUGUUUGAGUUUGGUUUUGGUGUUAUAGAAGCACAGCAGAUAAUAAUCUCACAUACUGUUUGUCAGCACUCAUCAUGUUUUUUUUUUUUUUUGUUUGUUUCGUUUUCUCUAAUUUGUUUUGUCCUAUAGGCUUUGUAGAAGAGAUGAAAUAAGAGAAGGUUAAAUGUGAGUGUCUAUGUAAUGAUGAAACUAUAUUAGAUGGUCAUAAGUGGUUAUUUUUGCAAUAUGUCUUGAUGGUUAGAAGAAGGGCUACUAUGGAAAAUAUGUGCUUUUAACAAGAAUUGCAUUUAAAGCACCAGUUCAAAAAAGGGUGGAAAUUAUGAAUGGGAAACUGUCAAUGCCUUUUUCUAUUUUGAAUAAACCAAUCCGAAAGUA